AUGCUUUUUCUAUGCACAGGGUUUUUAAUAAUAUUGGAGAAUGAGUUUUGUCUAUAUCAGUCCUUACUUGCACCACUCCGACGUCGUCUUUGCUGCCAAUUUCACAUUCAACACAGGUUUGAUGCUGUUAUUCAUUUUGCCAGUUUAAAAGCCGUUGGAGAAAGUGUCCAGAAACCUCUGCUGUAUUACAAUAAUAACCUCGUUGGAACAAUUGUUCUUCUAGAAGUUAUGGCUGCACAUCUUGUAUUUUCAUCAUCAUCAACUGUUGCCAAAAGUUUGCCAUGCACAGUGGAAUUUCCUAUAUAUGCUUUGAAUCCCUAUGGACGAACAAAGCUUUUCAUGGAAGAAAUGUGCCGUGAUAUCUGUAGCUCCAACACUGAAUGGAUUAUCAUAUUGCUGAGGUAUUUUAAUCCAGUUGUUGCACAUCCUAUUGGCUAUACUUAUGACGAUCCACUUGGAAUUCAAAAUAAUCUCAUGCCAUUUGUGCAAGAAGUAGCUGUUGGCACCUGCACUAACAGUUUUUGGAUCUGA